GCCAUGAUAGACCUAGUGUAGUGCAAGAAAAAGGUGCCGGUCAGAAGUUUUAAAUUUUACGAAGGAUUGCGAAAUUAUGUCAUAAGUGCCUGAUAAAUAGAUGCAUUUAUCGAAAAAACAGGAACAACAGCAAUAGCAGAAGAGUUUGUGUGAUAUAAUUUAGUAAUGUCUCUUGUGCAAGAAGUUAAACGAAUCUUUACGAAAAUCUCAGUGAAACAAAUGUGUCUUGAGUGCAGUUGUUUUGCAAAUCCUACGCGACGGAAGAAAUUCGCGAGGACACGAAACAUUUGUUCGGCCACGAAAUUUUGUGCAAAUUCAAGUCAAACGUGUCCCGAGUAUAACCUAGUGUGUCCAGCAAUGAAGCGAUUAAGGGAUAUGGCGCCAAAAAAUAUUGCGCAGGCCUCAGUCAUGCGAGUGGCAAUGGCCAUGUGUGCCUUCAUGACUGUUACCACAUCGGCCUUACCUACCCCACUUUCUACUGAUCAACCGAAGCUUAAGGACGCUAGUAUCUGGACAAAUCCUUGCAGUGUACCCAGCUAUUUUGGUAAUCAAACAGAACUGAUGACCCCGGAGAAGCGGAUUCUUCACCUACGAUCGAUUAACGACUCAAUCGCGGCUACUAAAGUAGAAACCGAUCGGUUUUAUAGCUCGAAUACGGAUUGGGCGUCAACGCAAAAUAAACAGAAAUAUAAAUUCAUGCCACCCUACAAAAAGAAUCAGACAACUUGGGAAUACUCAGUUCAGGUUUAUGUGGCAUCCAUCGAAGUGAUUUAUCAGAAGCAAUCCCAGCUCGAGCGAGCUAGCAACUCGGACAAACCAGACGAAUCCUUGAAGCUCAAGGAGCUUCGAAAAAGUGCCAGAGGAUUGCUGUGCAAUAUACAGGAAUACAGGAACAACACCAAAAAUGGCAGAAAGCGACAAACCGACCAGGCGGCAAUCUCUGCGGACAGCAUGAACUCAAUUAUCAAAUUCGACAUGACUGAUCCUCAAAACAUGGAACUGCAUAAAUGGUUCCUAAAGUGUCAUUUUCGAUGCUUUCUGGAGAAUAUGGAGCAGCAUGUGGAUUUUCUCAUGGAUAAGUACAGCGCAACUUCAGCCCAACGAAGCCUCCGCACGACCAAGAGACCUCGCAAGAACAUUAAAAAGGGACGCAAGGGCAACGGAAAAAAGAACGGGAGACCACUCAAGAAUAAGUGCUGCAUUGUAAAUAAUAAGCCAACAAGUCCAGCGGCCACGCCCCGAGAACCGACGAAUGUCAGUAAACCACACAAAGUCAACAACAAUAAAAAGAAACUUAAUGCAAGCCAACCGUCAAAAUUAAUUAAGCCAAGCCAGAAGAAAGUUCAGCGCAAAGGUAAUAAAAAGUCUCAGUAAAUAAAACUGCAAAGGAAGAUCUCUUGGCGCGGAAUCCUCUCACCCGGUUAGCUGUAACAGCAAGAUAGCUGAAAGCAUGUUUGUUAUCGUGCCGUGUCUGGAAAAUAUGUAUUUUCUUGUUGUUUUUUAUUGUAAAUAGUUACGAAAACAUAACUAUUCUACUGCCCUACGCUUAAAGCCCACCAGUUCAGCAGCAAGACGCAAAUCAAGGACUCGGAUAGGAUUUUUAAACUUUUUUUUACAAAUAGCUGCCGAAAUGGAUAGUUACGAAUGUAUCCAUAGAUAGCUAAACAUUGAAGGACUUAUUUAAUGUUAUGACAACUAUUUAUUUUGUAUCGUUUCAAUGACCUACAAUGCUGUGAUAUUUGUAAAUCGUGUAAAUAACAGUAUUAAUUUUAGCAUUCUCUCCCACCAAAAAGCCUAGAUUUAUUGAUACAAAUUCAUAAUCAUCAAUUGUAGGUGGUACUUUUCGGAAGGUGCCGAAAAUUUCUAUUACGAAUAACCUUCAGUAAAUUCAAAUAAGGCUGAACAGAGAAUAAAACAAAAACAACAACAGUGUUGAUAUGUAAGCGCAAAGCACCAGUAAUAGCAUUUUUUAAAGUACAUAUUUAGGAAACGAAUCAGUAUCGAAAAUGUAUAGCUCCUAGUUGAUUAUAUACGUUAUUCUUCCACACAAACACAUCGACAAUUGAUUAUGUUUAAGAAAAAAGUUCCUGAGUAGUAUAAGCUUUCGUAAACAGAACCGUAUAUGAUUCGAUCAUUCAAUCGUUAUGGACAUUUAAUUAUUUUUAUAGGCAACACUUAUCAGUCAAAAGUAGCGGGGUGUCAAAACUAGAAUUAAACGUUUAGGCGUUAACUAAAGUAAUAGUGCUAAUUUAUUCUCUCUUCAUGAUUAUUAAUUUAUUGCAUUCUCACACCAGUAUUGCCUAGAGGCAAAAGUACCAUACAUUUUUAGUAGUAUUUAUAAAUAAAUUAUCAAUCUGAA